CUUUUCACCAGAUCCGACUACAAGACAAUACUCUUACCAGUGACCAUAUUCACAUUUAUUUUAUCUCCUCGUCGUAACCCGCUAGCCCUGUCUUGCACUCUGUGCUGGGUCUGGUUCCAUCUCUUACAAGCCAACGUCUCCAACCAAACGUACUCCGCGCAUGAAGAUGUGGUGAAUAAACCAUGUCGUCCUGUGCCAUCUGGGCGCAUUAGCGUCAGGGAUUGUCAUGCAUUGCGCUGGUGA